ACGUCAGAAAGGUCGUGGGUGAGAGGUUGAUCGGGACACAUCUUGUUGUCUUUGUAAGAGUGGAGCUCGAUCACGCAGCCGUGUCUUCCCUCUUCCCCGAAUCCUCUCAAAACUCCCCCCGAACCUCCCGAACCUUCCCCUCUCACCCUCCGGACCCUCGGACCCUCUCCCCAUCCCGGAGCGCGCGCGUCAGGUUUCUCAUCCUUGACCAAAGACCCCGAGCUCGCCUCACUGAUCAUCAUGGACUCUGGUGUGAUUGAAGGAGGACUCAACGUCACGCUCACCAUCAGACUGCUCAUGCACGGCAAAGAAGUGGGCAGCAUCAUCGGGAAGAAAGGUGAAUCGGUGAAGAAGAUGCGAGAGGAGAGCGGUGCGCGGAUCAACAUAUCUGAGGGGAACUGUCCCGAACGCAUUAUCACGCUCGCUGGCCCCACCACCGCCAUCUUCAAGGCCUUCUCCAUGAUCAUCGAGAAGCUGGAGGAGGACAUCAGCAGCUCCAUGUCCAACAGCACGGCCACCUCCAAGCCCCCGGUGACGCUGCGGAUCGUGGUGCCGGCCAGCCAGUGCGGCUCGCUCAUCGGCAAGGGCGGCUGCAAGAUCAAGGAGAUCAGGGAGUCGACAGGAGCUCAGGUACAGGUGGCUGGAGACAUGCUGCCUAACUCCACCGAGAGAGCCAUCACCAUCGCCGGCACCCCGCUGUCCAUCAUCGAGUGUGUCAAGCAGAUCUGUGUGGUCAUGCUGGAGUCGCCUCCCAAAGGCGUGACCAUCCCGUACCGACCCAAACCCUCAGGAUCGCCUGUCAUCUUUGCAGGAGGACAGGCAUACGCGGUGCAGGGACAACAUGCCAUUCCUCAGCCUGAUCUCACCAAACUCCACCAGUUGGCCAUGCAGCAGAGCCCGUUCCCUCUGGCCCCCAGCAGCCAGGGCUUCACAGCUGGUAUGGACGCGUCUGCGCAGACAGGCUCUCACGAACUGACCAUUCCAAACGAUUUGAUUGGCUGCAUCAUCGGCCGCCAAGGUGCCAAGAUCAACGAGAUCCGCCAGAUGUCCGGGGCACAGAUCAAGAUCGCCAACCCGGUGGAGGGCUCGACGGACCGUCAGGUGACCAUCACCGGCUCGCCCGCCAGCAUCAGCCUGGCCGAGUACCUGAUCAACGCACGACUCUCGUCCGAGGCGACAGGGAUGGCUGCGAACUGAUGCUCUCUCUCUCUCUCUCUCUCUCUCUCUCUCUCUCUCUCUCUCUCUCUCUCUCUCU